AUGGCCGAUACAAACGACAUAUCCGCUUCCGCGACCGCAGCUGAUGCAGCGACACCCACGCAGCGCCAAGGCCUGUUUGGCGGGCUCGCCGCGCUGCGCGAGCGAGCCAGCAUCCAGGACCGCCUCGUCGAACGGCUCCUCGCGCAGGUGAUGCCCGCCGAGGACGGCGAGAUCAGCUUCACGCUCGACGAGGACGUGGCCAACGCGCACCGGGCGCCCGAGUUCAGCCUGGGCACCAUGUCGUACAACUUUCGGCGCUUCAACGCGCGCGCCGGCGUGCUCUUCCAGCUGCAGGACCUGUCCGAGUCGCUCAUGGAGUGGCAGCACCCGACGCAGACGCUCUCCUUCCUCGCCGUCUACACCUUUGUCUGCCUCGACCCGCACCUGCUCGCCGCCCUGCCGCUCGCGCUGCUGGUGCUCGCCGUGCUCAUCCCGAGCUUCCUCGCGCGGCACCCGGCGCCCCCGCGCGGCACGCUGUCGAGUGACCAGGGCGUGGGCUACUCGGCCGCCGGCCCGCCGCUCGCCCCGCCCGUCACCGUCGCCCCCGUCCGCGAGCUCAGCCGCGACUUUGUCAAGAACAUGCGGCGGCUGCAGAACCAGAUGGGCGGCUUCGUCACCGCGCACGACCUCGUCGUCGAAAAGGUCCUGCCGCUGACCAACUUUAGCGACGAGGCCCUGUCGUCGGCCGUCUUCCUCGCCGCCGUCGUCGGAGUGUUUGUCGCCGCCACCACGGCGCACCUGGUGCCCUGGCGCUUCGUGCUGCUGGCGGGCGGCUGGGCGCACAUUGGCGCCGCUAACCCAUACGUGAUCCAGUUCGUGGCCGACGUCAAGGCGGGCUCGUUUGGCGACCUUGCGGCCGCGGGCAUGGACAAGGUCGCAGCCGAGGCGGCUGAGGGCGGCGACAAGGCCAAGUCGUUUGCGGACCGCUGGGUCGCGUCCGACAUCAUCCUCGACUCGGCGCCCGAGGCGCGCGAGGUGGAGAUUUUCGAGCUGCAGCGCAAGACGCGCGCCGGCGAGUGGGAGCCCUGGGUGUUUUGCCCGUCGCCGUACGACCCGCUGUCGGCGGCACGCGUGGCCGGCGAUCGCCCCGGCGGCACCCGCUUCUUCGAGGACGUCGCGCCGCCCGAGUCCUGGGAGUGGAGCGAGAAGAAGUGGGCGCUGGACCUCUGGAGCCGCGAGUGGGUCGAGGAGCGCAUCAUCACGGGCGUCGAGGUCGAGACCGAGGGCGAGCGCUGGGUCUACGACAUGUACGACGAGGACGAGGACGCGCUGCGCCGCUCGCGCGUGGUGGAGCACCCGGACACGACGGCACCCAAGAACAUGUCGCACACCAGCUGGGAGGAAGGCGAGGACGGCACGGGCUUGAAGGGCGAGUGGCGAAGGAGACGCUGGGUGAGGCUGGUGAAGCGCAAGACUAGCCUGGUGGGUUAUGAAUGA